GGGAGAGAGAGAGAGAGAGAGAGAUCAUUGUCUUCGAUGGGGACGGCUCACAAGGUUUUCCAUUCUCGACCCUUAAGCUCUCGACUCCGGCGACUCUUCUCCGCCGUGGCUUGCGUCGUCUUCGCCGUUGUUGGCUUCCUACUUGGGUCCUCUUCGUUCUCCGGCCGCUAUUGUUCUGAUUUACUACCGAGGUCUAUCUCCGUCUCUUGGGAUCGUGGGGGAGGGAUCAAAGGCAAUGAAGUUAGUGGGAUUAGGGCAGAAUCAAAGGAAAGGCAUAAGGUUAUGGGACUUGUUGGAAUUCAGACGGGGUUUGGUUCCAUGGGAAGGAGGCGAUCUCUUAGGAAGACGUGGUUCCCUUCGGAUCGCGAGGGGCUUCGCCGGUUGGAAGCAUCAACUGGUUUGGCUUUCAGAUUCGUGAUUGGCAGGACUGGUGAUCAAAGGAAAAUGGCUUCUUUCCAAAAAGAAGUUGAACAAUAUGAUGAUUUUUUGCUGUUGGAUAUCAAAGAACAAUACAGCAAUCUCCCAUACAAAACGUUAGCAUUCUUCAAAGCAGCAUUCGCACAGUUCGAUGCUGAUUUCUAUGUAAAAGCUGAUGAUGAUAUCUAUCUGAGGCCAGAUCGUCUGUCAUUGCUAUUGGCUAAAGAUCGUUCUCACCCUCAAACUUACCUAGGCUGCAUGAAGAAGGGUCCUGUUUUCACUGAUCCGAACCUCAAGUGGUAUGAGCCUCUAUCUUAUUUGCUUGGAAAGGAAUAUUUUUUACAUGCAUAUGGUCCUAUCUAUGCACUUUCAGCAGACGUUGUAGCCAGCUUGGUGGCACUAAAAAACAGCAGCUUCCGUAUGUUCAGUAAUGAAGAUGUUACAAUAGGAGCUUGGAUGCUUGCCAUGAAUGUCAACCACGAGGACAAUCGUGCACUCUGUGAUCCAGAUUGUACACCAUCAUCAAUUGCUGUUUGGGAUAUUCCAACAUGUUCAGGGCUGUGCAAUCCAGAGACAAGGCUUCUAUUACUUCACCAAAAAGAGAGCUGUUCAAAGAGUCCAACAACAGUUUCCGAUAACUGAGUGAUAUUCUUUGAUUAACUGAUAGCAAGCACUCACCUACAAGGACUUGCCCAUCUGGACAGGUGAAUGCCAACAUAUCUGUAACUCACAUUGCAACCCAUGUCAUUUUGUAGUUUAAAAAUUAAAUACUCUCUUUGCUUUUAUUCGCACAUUAUUUUUCAUUGAAUUGUGAUACCCUUAUGUUGAAAUGAGGUUUCAUUUCUGACUUUUAGAUGGAACAAAUAAUAGUGAAUCAGUUCCUGA